GCAUAUUACCGAGUCCCGACAUGCUCUGUCGUCUGAUCUUGUCAAAAGGUUUAUUGACGAAAGAAAAAGAUAAAAAUUACAAAGAAAAAUGGAGAGUAAUACUAACAGCAUUACGUGCUCCGGCGAUCGGCCGACGGUGAUGGUGACCAACGAUGACGGAAUUGAUGCUCCCGGCUUGCGUGCUCUCGUAAGCGUCCUCGUCUCUUCGAAUCGCUUCAACGUCCUCGUCUGCGCUCCUGACUCCGAAAAAUCUGCGGUUAGCCAUGGUGCCACUUUGAGAACUGUUUCUGCUAAGCCAGUGGAAAUCAGUGGAGCAACUGCUUUUGCAGUUUCUGGAACUCCUGCUGACUGUACUUCUUUGGGAAUUUCCAAAGCUCUCUUCCUUUCAGUACCUGAUCUGGUAAUCAGUGGCAUUAAUAUGGGCAGCAACUGUGGUUAUCACAUUGUUUAUUCAGGGACAGUUGCUGGGGCUCGGGAAGCAUUUUUACAUGGUUUACCUUCCGUCUCUUUAUCAUACGACUGGGCAGGAGGUAGGAGUAAUGUUGAUGAUUUUACACUGGCUGCAGAGGCUUGCUUACCCAUUAUUAUUUCCAUUUUGUCUGAAAUUAAGAGGAACACUUAUCCUCAACACUGUUUUCUAAAUAUAGACGUGCCAACAGAUGUCCGCAGUCAUAAGGGUUAUAGAAUGACUAGUCAGGGCAAGAGUAUGGUGAAAACGGGAUGGAGGCAAGUUGGAUCUGAUGCCCAAGGAGCAAGAAUGUUACCAACUAUGACCAUGGAAUCAAAUUCAUCAUCAUCUAAUGAAUCAGAUGCUCUAAGUACACCAAAUAACCACCUUCUAUUCAAUAGAAAAGUAUGA